AUGCUGUCGCGGAAUGGUUUUGGUGUUGCUUACCCGGCCUGCUUCCUUUUUUUGUUGCUGCUAAUAAAGUCCUCUGCUUUUCUUCGUCCUCAUCUUUUUUCAAUGAUGGAUCCCCUCUUUUCCUCCACCUCUUCCUCUCCAGCUGGGUCAAAAUCUCAUCAGCCUUUGUUUUGUUGCUGCAUGUUGCGCCGGCUGCGUUGGGCUCAUGCUGCUGCUGCGCUCUCCAUUCAACUUUGUCGCAGGCUGAUCCUGCAACUCUGUCUGCUCCUUUUCCUUGAUGAUGCUUCAGCUGCUUUUUGUUUAGAAGCACUUUACCGGGGACAUCCGACUUUGGAGACCUGUUGUUUGGGGCCACCCUUUCCUGCCUCUGUUUGUCUGCUGGUUAUCUGGCACGUCCUGCUGCUGUUGUUUUUUUUUCGGCCUGCUCUUGAUGCUUCUGUGUUUCAGCCUUCUCCUCCAACUGAUUGCAGCCUUUUUCCAUCCCUGCUGCUGCUGGGGAGGUGUCCCUCCUUCACCGCAAACCCAACAGAAGGGCUGGCCUUUGACUUGACCACACCAAAUUUUCCGUCUGUUCAUCUAUCUAUCUAUCUAUCUAUCUAUCUAUCUAUCUAUCUAUCUAUCUCAUUCUGUUCAUGUCUAUCUAUGUAUGUAUGUAUGUAUGUAUGUAUCUAUCUAUCUAUCUAUCUAUCUAUCUCAGUCCGUUCAUUAUCUAUCUAA